AUGCGUGUUGGAACUCACGUGGGCUCUCCUGUGCAGGCUCCUCCUCAGGGUGAUGCUGUUUAAUUGACUAAUCCCAGCAGGUGAAGGCGGAUUUCCUCGGCGGAUGCCAGACUAAAUAUUCCCGUCGGUACCGCACUGAUCUGUUACUUGCUCACACAGACAACACAGAAUCUUCUCCUCCAGUGACUGACUUUUUUUUUUUUUGGCAAAGCUCCCAGAUCAUAACCUGCUCCUUGGUGGCAAACAUCAUCAACCAGAGACAAUAAAAAGGUAAACCUAGCGAGGAUCCUUCCACAUCAUCAGUCAUGGGCAACUCCAAGAGCAGCGCCGUGUCCAAGGAAAUCCUGGAGGACUUGAAGCUCCACACCAAAUUCUCCGAGACAGAGAUCACGCAGUGGUACGAGAACUUCAAGAGGCAGUGUCCCAGUGGUCGUCUCAGCAAGGAGGACUUCCAGUCCAUCUACAGCAAGUUCUUCCCGGACAGCGACGGCAACACGUACGCGCAGCACGUCUUCCGAUCAUUUGACACGAAUGACGACGGCACCCUGGACUUCAAGGAGUACAUCAUUGCCCUGCACAUGACGUCCACCGGGAAGACCACCAGGAAGCUGGAGUGGGCCUUCUCGCUCUUUGACGUCGACAAGAACGGAUACAUCACCAAGUCCGAGGUCAAGGAAAUUUGCACGGCCAUUUAUAAGCUGAUUCCCAAAGACGAGGUGCCCAGACUUCCCUCUGAUGAGAACACAGCAGAAAAAAGGGCUGAAAAACUCUGGAAGUUCUUUGACAAGGGAGAAAACGAGCGCGUGGCCGAGGGUGAGUUCAUCCAAGGGGUUCUGGACAACGAGGAGGCCUUGCGCUUGAUUCAGUACCAGCCCCCCAAGUAACAACCUCCCUCUCUCCACAAACGCAGCAGCGGUUCUCAAAGUGGGCUGCCGGCCUCUAAGGGGGUCCACCAGCCGUAGCUUUAAUUUGCAAUAAAUGGUUACGUCAUACAUAUUAUGCAUAGACACAUGUAUUUUUUAUGAACACACACACACACACAUAUAUAUAAAUGAAUGCAAAUGAAGACAGACAUCGUGCAGCAAUGACUCCACCCUCUCUUAGCUUUGGUCCAAUGAAAAGCUCCGAUAUGAGUGUGACAUCAUCAUCAUUAUUACGCCAUCACUGCGAAAGCCUCGGAAUGAAUUAAGUUGUAUGUUUUCAGACAAAACGCAUUUUUUUCCCCUAUUAAAAUCUCUCUCUCUCUU